AUGUCAGGACAACAAAAGAAUGCUGGCAAUGCUAGCAAACAACAGCCUAUCCCGGAAAAUGAAAUCAAACAAAACUCGUCCGUCUCGGCGAGCAUGGCGCUCCAGGGGAUGCAGAAAGCGUAUGAGCUGAGACAAGCCGCCAAUGCCGCCGGAGAUCCGGAUGCACGCGAAGAAAUACUUGCAAAAGCCGUCAACAAAGAGAUUGAAGCCGAGUCCUUUGGCAAGGCAGCAAAAUAUACGCGCUCUGGUACGUUCCAAGGUCUUGCUGCUGGUGCAGGUCUAGGUGUCCAGCCAGGCGUUACACUGGGAAAGUUGACGGGUGCUCUGGUUGGCGGUACCGUCUCCACAGUGACAGGCUUGCUCGGUGGUGGUGUUGGAUCCGUCUAUGGAGCAAUGCAUGGGCCGUUUUGGGACCUCGGACAGAUGGCCAGCCAAGGUGUCCGGGGCAUCGUUGGAGACUUUCCCAACUGGAACUCGACUCCAAAACAAAAGAAGGCAUUGGAAAAGAUGGUUAUACAGACAAAAGAGACACAGGCGCCCACCCAAGAAGAAUUGGAGAAGAUGAAGUGUGACGACGGAGGGGCGAUGCCAGAAUCUUGGGCGCAAUCUGCGAAGGAUAUGACAAGGUGGAUGCCGGGAAUGCCGUCAAUGCCUUCGGUCCCCAACAUGCCAAGCAUGCCUUCGAUGCCGUCCUGGGGCGGACAGGACAAGUCAAAGGGACAGUCUGGGGCGCCCAGUCAGAAACAAAAACCAAAGCCCACCCAGAAGCAGCAGACAACGCCUCGACAAACCAGAUCAGCGACGCAAAAACAACAACAGGCUCAACAGAGCACAACACCGACGCAACCUUCCAAGGCCAAAGAAGCCCCGAAGCCCAAGGAAGAACCAAAGCCUAAAGAGCCAUCAAAGCCAUCUCAACCCAAAGCAACCGCCCAAGCCAACCAAGCACAGAAGCGUAAUCCACCUUCCAACGCGAAACCCGCCAGUAAACCAGCAGCGACAACAAGCAAAGCGAAGCCGGCUCCGUCGCAGAAUCAAUCAUCGGCGGCGUCAACCGCGGAGAAGAAGAAGCCAAGAAAGCUGAACAGGACCAGCGAUAUCAACGCAAAGGCCGGUUCAGGAUCGCCACCUGAGAGGAAGAAGCCGAGAAAGUUGGAAAGGAAGACUGCUGCGUAA